AUAAUGCAGUAAUAAAUAGCACUUCCAGUGUGGAGUGUCCCACUGUGAGGUUUAUCUUUGUUUAAGGCAAGAAGGGAUGCAUUGGUACCCCGUCAAUAUACACCCAUGGAGUCAUUGUACAGCUCACUGGGUAAUCUCAGUCCCCAGCGGCUCCGGCAGGAAGUGACGUAGAAUGUGAAAGUGCUCUAUCCAUCUGCAGCCAGGGCAGGAGGCAGAGCGGGUUGUCAGUGCCCUGGUUUCCGGCGCCCGUGCUGGACUCGGCCGUGCACGGGAUGGCCGGGCGGACAGAUCGGGCUCCGCUGCUGGACUGGGCCGAGGGUCCGGCUGUGAGUCCCGAGCCCGAGCUGCGGACCGGGUACGGGGCGGGCUGGAGCCGCAGGCCGGUCGGUGAGCUGACUCCUCUGCCCCAGCUGGAGGAUGAUCACAUCGCGGCCGUGUUCGUGGUCACAUUCGAUCCCCGCAGCGGUGAGUGAGCCCCCACCGGGGACAAGGCAGGGGAUAUCCCCUAUCGGGGUAUGGUAUAUAGAGUACAUAGGGGAGCAGGGGGGGUCCUCUAUCGGUAAAUGGUAUAUAGAGUACAUAGGGGGGCAUGGGGUGUCCUCUAUCGGUAUAUGGUAUAUAGUUACAUAGGGGGCAGGGGGUGUCCUCUAUCGGUAAAUGGUAUAUAGAGUACAUAGGGGGCAGGGGGUGUCCUCUAUCGGUAAAUGGUAUAUAGAGUACAUAGGGGGCAGGGGGUGUCCUCUAUCGGUAUAUGGUAUAUAGAGUACAUAGGGGGCAGGGGGUGUCAUCUAUCGGUAUAUGGUGUAUAGAGUACAUAGGGGGGCAGGGGGUGUCCCCUAUCGGUAUAUGGUAUAUAGAGUACAUAGGGGGCAGGGAGUGUCCUCUAUCGGUAUAUGGUAUAUAGAGUGCAUAGGGGGCAGGGGGUGUCCUCUAUCGGUAUAUGGUAGGGGGUCACACGAUAUUAUAUUCUAUACUUGGAAUGGGGCGAUCUUAUAUAACAUUCGCCUGCUAGAGACAGUGGGUCAUUAUAUGUUGCACAUCUGUCUGAGACUGUGUGUACUAUUGACAUUCAUAUGUUGGUGGUCACUACGUAUUGAAAAACUGGACAGUGGGUUUAUCUAACAUGUGUCUAAAUAAUAUGUGGAAUACCUGUCUGGUAAUAUAUUGUAUGGUAAUCCCUUUCCUUUCUGGCAAACAUGCCUCUGGGGACUGUGGGGGAAGUAACCCAAUUUAUACCUAGGAUGCAGGUAGAGAUCAGGUGAUAGUCUCCUGGGAGGGAGCAGGAGAACAGUCAUUACUUGAUCAGUGUACAAUCUGUUGUGAUGUUUAGAAAAUUAUGUUAAAUAGAAUUGUUGGCGUGUAUUGAGCACCAACAAAUUACGCAGCACGUUACUAAUAUACAAUGGUGUUCUGUAAUACUUUGAAGGUGAAAGUGACAGAUUUGUGGGCUUGUAAACUUAUAAUAAGGUGUGUAUGUAGGGAGAGAUAUGCCAAUGGACAUCAGGUGCCAUAACAACGUAAUUGUUAUGUAGUAGUUAUGGUGCCUGAAGUGUUGUUUUUAUACCAAAUAACCUAACCUAAAAUAAUCAUGUAAUAUAAUAUAGCAUGUAUUGGUGUUCUAGAGAGACAUCUAUAACCACUCAUGGUUUAUUAAGAUGUAUCUAGAAUCCCUAAAUGGCAUUAUCGUUUAGUUUAAUGUUCACCUUUAAUGUAUCUUAUUUAAAUGUGACAGAAGACCCCCAAAAUGCAAAAGACAAGCGAUAGAGAGAGAGACACACACACACGCGCAGUGUCAGACCUAGUUAAAGCGGCUGUUCAGGCAUCCACUUGUUAGAUGCAAUGUUUAUAUUACAGUUGUGAAUGCUAAUUGUAUCUAAGUCUUUGAUUCCUCCCCCCCUUUUUUUCCCUUUCAAGUUAGGCUUGAUAAUUUAGCUUUUUCAUCCCCACCCCCAACCAAUAGCGUUUCCCAUUUUUACUCGGAUAAUUCAGUUGUACCUGAAAUCUGUACCGCACUGGAGAGCUGUCAACUGAACUACAAUUCCCAUAAACACCUGCUGUGCGCUUAAACCACUGCUGUCCUGUAUUUAUGGAAUAGGCUGUACACUGCCAUAUAAUAUUAAGGAGAAAAGCUUAAAAAUGAUCUAGAAAACUUCCUGGUGCUGUCAAAUUUAAUGAAACCUCAAAGGAUGGGAUUAGAUAAAUUCAUAGUAGUAGUAUUUAUUUCUAUAUUACCAACGUAUUCUGCAAUUCUUUACAAUUAUACAAUUGGGAUACCCACCUGGCUGGUAGGGGUUAACAGUGAAUGGGUAUCAUUGUCUUUCUCUGCAUACCAUGUUUAAUGCCUGUCAGCAAGGGAUUAAACUCACCAGAACACAGAAAGUAUGUGACAGAGAUUCUUACCCUGCUAAGUGACAUCAAAGUCUGAUCUGGUAAUAUUUUAUUUCAUAGGAAACCACCAUUGAAGCUUAAAAUCCUCAUUUUAUUAAAAGGCGUGUGUGUAUCUAUUUAUCCAUCCUAGAGCAAUGAUACUUUUCUUUUUCUUUUUUUAUUGGACUAACAUAAUACUUAAAAGACAAUCUUUUAAGAGUUUUCCUCUCUUCCUCGUGUUUGAAAUAAUAUGUAUUAAUCUGUGUGCAGUACUAGCAUGCUUGGAGUUACCUUAUGCACAGCUUAACUUUAUGUCCAACAUUAUCAGGGUUAUUUACUGAAGUGACAAUUCAAAGAGAAUUUCAAAUUUAAAGGAACACUAUAGGGUCAGGAACACAAACAUCUAUUCCUUACCCUGUGGCGCUAAACCCACCAUUUAGAUGCCUCCCCUUAACCCCAUUAAACAUUAAUAAAACUCACCUUAUUUCCAGUGCCAACAUGACCCCGCCCCCUUGGUGACAUCAUCAGACUUGCUGAUAUUUUGUCAAUCCAAUGCUUUACCGAACCAAUGCUUUCCCCUUCUUUGGCUAAAAUCAGUAAGGGCCGCACCACCAAAUGCCGUUUUGGCCAAUCAGCACCUCCUCAUAGAGAUGCAUUGAAUUAAUGCAUCUCUAGGAGGAAAAUUCAGUGUCCCCAUGCAGAGCGUGGAGACGCUGAACGGCACUGCUGCCUACUGUGCAGUACUAAGCCAGGAAGCGCCUCCAGGAGCCAUCUGAGGAGUUUUUAUGACAGUGUUUGCAUGAAAAUUCCUGCAUAUAAUGAUUAUACUCACCAGAACAACUACAUUAAUAUGUGGUUGUUCUGGUGACCUAUAGUGUCCCUUUAAGGACAAAAUAGCCAAACUGAAAGUAUAGCUGAUUUAGAGAUUUAUCCAGUUCAGCUCUAUUGAGCUUAAAUUUGAAACUCACUUUGAUUUAUCCUGAAAAUGUCUGCCUUCCGUUCCCAAAUAUGUUCCCUUUUAGCACAAAGCUAAUGCCAAUCCCAACAGUUUCCAUGCAAUGGGGGUUUAAGAGAGGAUAUUUGAACGUGUAUUAUAGGAUUUAUUUUGGUGUAUGUUUACACCAUUAAAAGAACACCCCAAGCACCGUUACAAUUACAGCAUGCUGUUGUUUCUAUAGGGUUGCCACAUGGCUGGAAUUUUAGCGUCGCAGACGGUAUUGCAAAAAUACCAGCAGUGAAAAAGAUGGUAUUUUUCUCUGAUUGGACUCUGACAACGCUGUGUUCUGUCUGAAGGAGAGUGACCCUGCCAUCUGAGGCAGCUACAGAGCCAGUAUGGCAGCAUGAUAUUAUACCUGGCAGAUACACACUGAUUUAGACAGUAUACACUCAAUGGCACACUGCUGUACACAGUAUACACAUAAUGACACAAUACUACACACAGUAUACACUCAGAAACGGUAUACACAUAUACAAUGCACGUACAUUCAGACAUAGUACACAUAUUGUAAGUGCCAAGGAAUUUUUUAGUGAUUUGUUUUUCUUUCAAAUGUUAUGUAACCCAAUGGGAUGUCAUGCAUAUAAUAGUGUAAUUAUGCAAAUUGGCAUGGCCAGUAUUAUUUUUACAAGAAAGGUGACAUUUCUAAGCUAACCAUAUUUUAAAAAAUAGCUUUCUUGUUGAAGGUUUCCAUUUUAGAUAUUUUGGGCUAAAACUGGUCAGAGGUAAAAGUAUCUUCUCCAUUCUCUGCUACUCCCAGUGAAUAAUCCUGAGUAGACAUUUUGAAGUACAGCACACACUAGUAGUGAAAAUAAUCAUGUUGCUUGGUUUUGAUUUACGCAAAUUAGCGUGCCUGGUCUUUUUUCCAAGAAACGUGGCAACACUUCAUGGUUAUGGCACCGUGAGUGUCCUGGUGUCCCUCGUUUUAAGUAGUCGAGCUGUUUUAGAAUGGAUUGACUACAUACCUGGUGUCCAUUGUGCCCUGCUCUACGCCACUCUCUCUCUUUUUUUUUUUUUCAAUUCAUUAUUACAAUUCAACAAAACACAUAUGACAUAGGGGAACGGUAGAUUAUGGUGCCUUGCCCAAAUAGGCUUACAAUCUAAAGAGCCACUUUGACUAAUUUGUCAGUUAAAGCAGCUCUAAAAUUCCAACGCAAUUCAAAGAUGAGUAGCGAUCCAAAGUAGAGUCGACUUUGUCUUCUGGAGAAGUUUGAUAUUGACAAAAGGCAGAGCUUUACAAUCAAUAAUAUUAACUUCUGUCUAAUGCCAGCUUUGGGUAAGUAUAACAACCUUCCACUGCACCCUGCGGCUACCUCACUGUAAGCAGAUAUAUAGUUUUAGGGGUUUUUGGAAAAAUAUGACUGACCUGCUUUAAUCAGUGUGCGUUCUGGGCGACCUAUAUUCCUGCUGUCAUGUUCCACUGCCACGCAUUUUCUGUAAUUCUUUUGGAAAACAGAACCACUGUACCACAUAUGGUCUUAUCUGUUUCCAUGGCAUUAUUAUUUUAAACUGGCUAACUUCAUGUGGCUACUUUUUAAUCUUCGUGCUACAAUGUUUUUUCCUUGCUCUAAUGCAGAAAGUUGGUUAUAUGGGCUUUUAUCGCCAGUGGGCUGUUUAAUUGGGUAACCGUCCAGGCUCUUCCAGUUCUUGGUAAACUGCCUGUUUCUCUGACCUGUUAUGAAUCGGUCAUGUUUUGUCCUAUCUUUAUAUCUCUUUCGUUCGUGUGUGUGUGUGUGUUGUAGCUGUUUUGUAAUCUCUGUAGUAUGACCCAAAGGAGCAGUAAUGUCUAAGAUGUUGGCAAAUACUAGCUUCUGCUUAUUUUCUUUUAUCACAUUUUUCUGUCAAACUGUGUUUUGUGCCUUUUCUUCAUAUGCUUCUUCAAUUCUACAACAUUGUCUAUAGAUUGCAUCCUUCCACUUACUUAAAACAUCGCUAGAUUUUGUUUUUGUUAGAAGAUAAUCCAAGCACCUUGAUACCCUAUUCUCCUCUCAUACAUUAUGAAAGAAGGUGAUUCCUUGUCUGUCUGCAUUCAAUUAUGUAUAACUGUAGCAAUCUGCAAAAAUUAGUGCAGCAAUAUGCCCACUGCUGAAAUUCUUUACAAACUGAUGUUACACUGCUUUGUGUAUGCAAUAUUUCAUAUGGUUCAGUGUACUAAUUCUGUAUAAGUCAAAUAUUAAUCUUCACUAUGAAUGUUCCUGUAUAUUGUCUAGUUCCAUUAACUAAAAAACAUGAAUGAAGCUAUAUGGCAAUCUCUCAUUGUGUGUGAAUUGCAGAUUACAGUUUAUUCUAUUUUGGCUAAUAGGACUUUAGAAAAAAAAAUAAAGAAAUAUAUAUAUAUAUAUAUAUUCUCUACUAAUGUAGACUUUUGCAUGAUCAUCAUGGAAAAAAAAUUUCAUAGUCCACUGCAAUACCAAAGUUAGCUUACUGUUAUAUGAGAUUUUAAAGACCUGUAAAAAAACCAAAAAAAAAAAAAAACCCCACAAAACAUUUAAAGUUCCACUAUAUGGUCCCAUUAAUUUAGCAAAUCCCUUUUAAUAAAAUGUAUCUCUUAUCCAGUGUUCUGAAAAAUCCCAUGGGAGCCAUUUACUUAGGAAAGAGUACUGUGUUCAGUUUUUAUGGAGCCACUCUGGCAACUGGAGCACAAAAACUGUAAUGCAAAUAAACUGGCUUUUCAGGAAAAUACAGGUAGUUAGAGAGAAGUCUCAUCUUUGAUUCGUGUAUGUCUUCUGCUAGUUUCAGUAAUCCUCAGAAUUUUCUGUAUAUUGGUAGCUGAUUAGUUGGCUCCUAGAUUUUCUGUUUUGGUAAAUUCAUCUGUAACAUAGCUAUACUUAAGGCAUUUGCGCUGGUUGCCAUGGUAGCUCCCUAGCUGACGCUGCUGACGUAGCCAGCAUGUUGGCGUCAUGGAGAAGGUUUGCCCUACUUGGGGAAGUGUCCCCAGGAAUGGAAAAUAGGUGAAGAGAUCGGGUGGAGCGCGGGUAGACUAUGGGUGGGUACUGUAGAAGUGUGACCCCUAGUUCUGUAAUGAGAUAGCGAGGGGGAGUUGACGGUCAGAUAAGUGGUGACACGUUCCCUUUUUAAGUGAACUUUCCAUGAUAGGUUCACUUUAACACAAAUCCCAACAAAUCACAUGCAUUGAAUACAAAAUGUAUCUCAGAAAUAUAUGAUGUAAAGUUUUGAGAUAUUAAUUCACCUCACCUAUGGUUUAGCUCCACCCUGUCCUCAGCUUUGCCAGUUAUUCUUCUGUAACCCCCUCCGGGACCACUUGUGCACUGUUUGCACUCUUGUUUGCAUUGUCCUGUUUAGGCAGGGCCGGAUUAACAUAGGGGCUGAUAGAGCUGCAGCUCCAGGCCCAGGCCCAGGCCCAUGGAAUAUGCCAAUUAAAAAAAAAUUUACACACUACUCUUAGGUUUGCCAUCUGACUGGUAUUUUACUGGCACAGCUGGUAUUUGAGGCUGCCUGUCCGUGCCAGUAUUGCAGUAAAAGCCGGCAAUACAAUUACCUAAUCUCUCCUCCCAGAUACCCAUCUCAUCUGACCCCCAUAUAUUGUGCAGAUACUUAAAUAUCCGGUGGUUAUAUUUUUGGUUGUGUUUGAUACAUGCGCAUAUUGUGCUGACUGCUUAUUCUGUAUUGAUAUUUGUGCACUGUAUACUUUGAGGUAUUACUGAUCUCUUUACCACAAUUGAAAUGCCGUUGAUGAACAUAUGUUCUGCAUUCUAUGUGCUUUAUUUCUAUUGUUUGUUUAAAGUAUACCUCAAUAAAAAAAAUAAAAAAUUAAAGCAGACGAAAGGGAAAAAAAAACUGUUUUUAGAGGUAUCAUGACAGGUACUAUUUUUAAUGAUGUCUAUAUGAUGAUUGCUGUGUUUUAGCACUUUGCCCGUGGAUUAUGUGAUUAUUUGUCUUUGAUAGCAUCCAGACUUUACACCAUAUUUAUCAGGUUUAUAGUACAAUGAAUGUUUUCUACAGGUUUCUGAGAGCUGUUGAUCUUGGAUGAUCUGGUAAACUUACAGUGCCCUAUGACGAGGAACUCACUGAUUACUAGGAAUUAAGUCUGUUACAUAACACACACACGUAACACAUGUUCUUUGCCUUUAUGAAUGGCAACGUAAUCUUUUGAAGACAUUGACCUGUAGUAUUUGCUUAAACAUGCAUUAUGAUACUAAUGUGCUGGCACCAAAUUAAGAACCUGUUCCUCCUCAUGUUGCAUUGUGACUCAUCAUAGCUCCGGGUUGUGGUUUGGUUAAGAAGGAAGUUGCUUUCUAACAUCAGUAGAAGUGAAAACAGACAAAUCAGAGAGGUGUCCUUUACAGCUGCUUUAAGAAAAAGCCUAGCUCUGCAAAUGGCUUGUUGCUCACCUUGCUCACGAAUUAAAGGUUUAUUUUUCCUUUUCCCUGUAGAUAAAAAUGUAUCGUACCAGACAAUCUGUUUGCUAGUUAUUCGGCUUAUACAAUAGGCAGAUUCAUUUUAUUUGCAGCAUGAAACGGACUCCACUUCAUUUUGGACUCCACUAGCUUGCCACUUGUUUCAGAAUAUCUUGUUCUUGAAUAGUGGGCAAUAGGUUAUGGGCUGUCUAUAAUCUUAUAAGCUAUAUAGGGUACACACAAUAUACAUACUGAAAUGUAAAAAAGGAAAUCGUGGCGUCAUAACUUUCACUUAUCCACUAGCUAUUAUCAACUUAAAAUCAAAUUGCAUGACUGCAUUCACUAAACCGUAAAUGGUAUUGAAUUGAAAAACAAACUACAAUAUAGCCAAGCUAUGGCAGAUUUUCCAAAUCUGCUAUUUUAAGCUAAAAUACACAUAUGGACUUCUACCACCAUGACCGCUUCAAAUCAUAGUGGUUGGAGAACCCUUUAACUAAAACAAUAACAUUAUAUAGUAUUGUAUUUACUUAAAGGGAAACUAUAGUUCCAGGAAAACAAACUUGUUAAUAACCCCUUCUGCUGACUCGACUCCUCCCCCGCCGACCGAGAUCGCAUUAUGAUUUCCCCAUUGGAAAGCAUAGCGGGAGGACAUCCAGCGUCAUUUAGGUGACCAAAAGUCGCCUUAGAGUCCGGAAGUCUCUCUGGUGGCUUUCUGGUAGACAGCCACUAGAUGAGAAGUUGACCCUAGCAGUUUAUACAAACUGCAAUAUUUACCUGCUCAGGGUUAAAGGUGCAGGUACAUUGCACCCAGACCACUUCACUGAGCUGAAGUGGUCUGGGUGCAUACAGUGUCCCUUUAAACAUCAAUGUUUAUUAGCUAAAGUGGUUCAACUAAAUAUAUUUAAAAAACAAAACUUAAACUGAAUAAAUCAGCUGGAUCCAUAUGAAAAAUUUAAGACACUGUCUUCUGCAGCCCACUCAUCUUCAUUCUCUUGUUUGCUCAUAGCAAGGUUCUGCUAUAUUGGGCCCGAACUGAUUUCUCAAUUUAGAAUAAUCAGUGCAGAGGAAGAGAAUAUUCUUUCAACACCAGCAGAAGAGGCCACUGCUGUUUAAAGUGAAAUCAUUCAACAAUUUCUGAGUCCAACUGCUUAAAUGACAUUUUGCAAGUUCACUGGUGUGACUUUCUUUAAAACACCAUCAGCAAACCUAUUUCUUGAAAGGCUCUCACUUAGCUCUUAAGGUUAUUAUAGUUGACAGUAGAGAUGGAUGAUUGCUGGAUACCAAUGUAAUGGGAAUUCCUCUUCUUCGGCGUGUAAGGUUUGACCCUGGUACUGAAUAUUUAUUGUGUUUGCAAGAAAAUGAGCUGUAAACAGUGCUUGUCCCAUUCAUCUUUUUUUAAAGCUUGUAAUUUAAUUUUUUUUUUUUUUUCAAUCUUAAUCCAUUCUGGUUUAAACUGAACCUGUCCAAAACAGAACUUCUGGUCUUUCCUCCAUCAAAACAGAACUUCUGGUCUUUCCUCCCUUGUCUGUGUCCCUCCAAGUCAAUGGCACUAACAUCCGCUCUACCUCUAAGGCUCGCUGCCUAGGUGUUCUCUUUGACUCUGACCUCUCUUUCAACCCUCAUGUCCAAUCAAUCUCCAAAUCCUGCCGCUUCUAUCUCAAAAUCAUUGUGCGCAUCCGACCCUAUUUAACACCUGAUACAUCAAAGGUGCUUGUCCAUGCUGCAGUACUCUCUCGCCUUGACUACUGUAAUCCACUUCUUAGUGGUCUUACGUGUUCCCAACUUGCCCUGUUACAGUCUAUAAUGAAUGCGGCAGCGAGGCUUAUCUUCCUGUCCACCCGCACCUCCCACGCCUACUCCCUUUGUCAGUCCCUCCAUUGGCUUCCUGUAAGAUGUAGGGCUCAAUUUAAGAUCCUGACACUUGCUUACAAAUCUCUACACAAUGCUGCUCCCACCUACUUAUCCUCACUAAUACACAAAUAUGUCCCAUCUAGGCCCCUGCGCUCUGUCUGAGACCUACGUCUAACCUCUGUACGUACUCCUACCUCUAAUGCUCACCUUAAAGACUUAUCUAGGGCUCUCUGUUAGACUUUCACCCAAUCUCCACUCCUUCAAAAAAAUCUUUGAAAACUUACUUCUUUAGGAAAGCAUAUCAAUUAAACUGAACAGCUUUCCCUUCCUGCACCCUGAUUCCUCUCCUCAAACUGUCAUCAAAACAAAACACUAAGCCCUCAAUGAAUACUAUCCUAGCAACCUACUUUUCUACCCUACCCUUACCUUUUGUGUCACAUUACCCCAUUACCUCUAGCAUGUAAGCUCCUUGAGCAGGUCCCUCUGUUCCUGUGUGUCAAACUUGUCUGGUUACAAAUACGUGUCUGUCCAUCCAUUGUACAGCGCUAUGGAACUUGUUGGCUCUUUAUAAAUAGUAAUAUAUUAUAUAUAUUUUUUAUAUAUAUAUAUAUAUUGAUGAGGAGCCCUGUAGUAUGUUGAAUUCAGAAGAAUGGCAAUAAAGAAUCCUGCAUAAUAUGUAUUCUAUAUACUACAGGGCAACCCUUUUUAUGCAUUGUCAUAAGUAUGACAAAAUUAUGUGUCCCUGUCAACAUGGUGGACCUGGGCACCCUGCAUAUAAGAGAACUGACUAUUUAUUUACUUUUUAUGGUUAACCUUUUGAUAGAUGGAUUUAAUGGUCCUAUGUCUGAUUGUGGGACAAUUUAGCAGCUUGAUAGUUCAAAUUACCAUUUUGAAAGACACCAAGCGGUAUGCCACGUGGUAUAUUUUGAGCCUUAUUUUUACAUCUAUUGUUUCUUUCAAAGUUUAUGGUAUUUGUUUUACAUGCACAGUGAAACCAUUAGUUGGCAUUAUAACCCUAAUGUUAACUAUAACGCAAACCCUUACUGUAACCCUAAUCAAUAUCCUUGCCCUAAACCACUAACACUCACUUAGCCUUACCCUAAUUGUAAUCCAAACCAUCAAAGGGACACUGUAGUGUUAGGGAUCCAACCAUAUCUCUAAUUAGAUUCUGCUCCCACAUUGCCGUGAAAAUAGUUUUUACUUACCUUUUUUUUUUUUUUUUUUUUGGGUGCAUUUAGUAGUCCUUAAUUUUUAACCUUAGCAUAGUGACUCCUUAGGGAUAUCCUGAUGUCAGUAGAGGGAUUGAUUCCCUUAAUGUGCAGAGCUCUCUCUAAACACUACACAGUACCAUUCUUUGCUGAUUUGACACUACCUCACAGCCCAUCACUGUCUUCUUAUCUGUAUAGUAUAUGAAAGCCAUGCUAAGGUUGAAGGGGCAGCUAAUAAGUACAAUGAUUGGCUGUGGGGUAAAGUCGUGCCAGCAACUCGGCUCAUUGGCUGAGCUGAGUACAUCUUCAAAGUAUGUCUAAUAAGGAUGUUUCUUCGUGAAAAGUGGAGGUGGGGCUAAAGGGGAGCUUACUCUGCAUAGCGGUUUUCUGUUUAGGACAACUAAAACGAUUUUGAAUGUGAUGAAAACACAACAAACUGAAUGUGAAGCCAAAACGUAUUAAAUGCAUUUUUUGGUCCGUGGAGUGUAAUCUUAAAUGACCUAUUAUAUUUGGACUCUGAAAGUUAGUGCAUAAAAAAGAAACCACAUGAGAUAUUCCACAAGGUUCUUUUAUUAUGCAAGGAUCUUCUUUAAAUUCUAUUUAAAUUCUCUUUAAGAGAUACAAUUUUUAUUGUCUCCUCUUUUCAGGAAAUCUUGUUGAAUGGUGCCGACCUCAGGACAUUGAUCUGGAAGGAGUGGAGUUCAAAUCUAUGGCUAGCGGCUCCCAUCGUGUGCAAUCUGAUUUCAUGUGAGUGGUGUGAGGGAUAGUCACAGGCACUUGCUGUAUUUAGGGCAUUUUUUUUUUUUGCACAGCAGAGAAAUUAUGUAAUUGUGUUCGUCAGCCUCAUAAAAAAUUCAUUGCGGUUUUCGUCAGUUUGCAUGCAAAACCAUGAAAUAUUAAUUUUAAAAACAAAUAUUUGCCAGUUUAAGUUUGUGUUCCAGAAAAUUAACAUCCAUAACCGUGCAUAAUUCAAAUAUAUUCACCAUUUAUAAGGUUCUCGGCUUUUGAUGCCUUGGUCUCCUAAAUUCUUUCAUGUUUUGAACUAGUUUUUCUACAUUUUUUUUUAAUUGCAAGUGUUUUGUAAAUUAAAUAAUAAGUUAUUGAAUGUUUUAGAGCGUAUAUCAGUGUAAGAGAUAGGGGAGGACUCCUUAGGAGGCAAAUACUGACAUCUAUGUUACCGAAUGCUGUCUGCUCCAGCAGAUAAACCUAAAUUGUUUCUUUAAAUGUCCCUCUGGCACUGAAAUGUUUGAGCGGAAGUGUUUAACUAAACACAUUUUAUUAAAAGAUCAAUUCAGGAUAUACAGAAUUAACUUCCAUUGGUUUCCAUGGUGAUUGCUCCAAGUUUAGAAAUGUGCACCAGAAUUCAUGUUGCCAGUUAACCCCAUGUCUUUCAUAUGUUGAAAUACAAUAAAUGUAAUAAAACCUUUUUAAAUGCAAUUUUAACAAUUUACCAAUUGUAUUUGUUUAGUGAAAAUCUUUUAAUCAAGUUACAGGUUCAAAUAAAGAACUUGCUCAUUUUAGUUUUUACACUAUUAAAUUUGCCAGAUUGGUUUGCUGGGCAUAUGUUAUAUUUGAGACCGAACGGCAGCCCAGGAAUGAAAAUUAACCCAGUUAUGGCAUACCAUUUGUAAAAGUAGACAACCCAGGGUAUUCAAAUGGGGUAUGUUCAGCCUUUUUUAGUAGCCACUUAGUCACAAAUCCUAGCCAAAGUUAGUGUUGUUUUUUGCAUUUUUCACAAAGUAAACUGCCCUUUCACUAAUGAUAUCAGCAGCAUUAUAACAUUUACUGCUCUAAAACACAUUUGUAUUCAGCAAUGUCUCAUGAGAACUACAGUACACCCCUUGUACAGGUUUUAUGGUGUUUCUGAAAGUUACAAGGUCAAAUUUAAGGCUUGCAAAUUAUAUUCUCUGGGUGGGUUGUCAGGUAGGUCCCUCAAGAUAUAAUUAAAUACAUAUUUUUAUUUAUAGUUCAUGAAAGUCCAUACUUCCCAUUACACACUUUUCGACUAGUGGCAGCAGCUCAGCUUUUUGUUAGUUAUUUUUUUUUUUUUUUUUUGGAAUAAAGCAGAUAGGAUAAAUAAAGCAAUAAUAUGACGCUUCUUUAAAUAGAUACUUCCGAAAAGGCACCUUCUUCGGCCUGGCAUGUUUUGCAAAUAUGCCUGUUGAGAGUGAGGUGGAACGAGGAGCCCGUAUGAAGUCUGUGGGAAUCCUGUCACCGUCCUACACACUCCUGUACCGCUACAUGCACUUCCUGGAAAAUCAAGUCCGGUGAGUUGUAUAUGAAGGGUGAUAAGGAGAAAAUAAUGGCCAGAAUGGAAAAAGGUUUUCUGAAAAUACAGGAAAUGGCUCCUACAUUAUCAAACUUGUGUGCCUUGUUUGUAAAGCUUUGUAUCCAUUCCCCCUUCCACCCUAAAUAAAAUCUUAAGUUGGAAUUCUUGCCAAGAAAUGUGUUUUUUGGAAACAGAUUUUUUUCUCCAAGAUACGUGCUUCAUUUGUAUAAGCAGAAUGCAGUACAGCUGCACCUGGAUCCUCUGUCAGAGGCCCUACUUACACUAGGUGUGUGUAAAAUGGGAAUUAUGACACCUUAUGAGGCAGAGUGACAUUAUAGGGUUCUAGAUAGUUGCUUAAUAUGGUUGUAUCUUAUAUGAGAGGAUUAUAAACCACAUUUGUUGGCAAAUGUUACAUAGAUUAGUUUAGGAAAAGGUGCAUGUUACAUAUUCAUGAACCACUUUAUUGUGUAACUGAUUUUGAAUUUUCUGGUUGUCCAUAGUGAAAAUCAAUAAAGAUAUAUUGGUUUGCCAUAUUUAAUGUACUAUCGGUGCAUAUUAACAUUUAUAAGUAAAUUUACAAACACAGAACACAAUAAAAGCACUGUUUCGUAUUUGUUGGCAAAUCACUUUUAAGCCCUAAAUUACUCUGUGCAGAUUGCAAGUUUGAGGCCCCACGCAUCUCUUGGGAUAAGGAUGAUAAUUGGAGCCAAGGAUGGCCAAGCAUCUUCAUCAUUAUUAAUAUUAUUAUUGUCAAUUAUAUAGCUCCAACAGAUUCCGUAGCGCUUAAAGGACCACUAUAGUGCCAGGAAAACAUACUCGUGCCCCCACCCUCAGGGACCCCCUCCCGCCCGGCUCUGGAAAGGGGUAAAAACUUACCUUUUUCCAGCGCUGGGCGGGGAGCUCUCUGCCUCCGAUCCUCCCCGUCGGCUGAAUGCGCACGCGCGGCAAGAGCUGCGCGCGCAUUCAGCCGGUCACAUAGGAAAGCAUUCAUAAUGCUUUCCUAUGGACGCUGGAGUGCUCUCACUGUGAAAAUCACAGUGAGAAGCACGCAAGCGCCUCUAGUGGCUGUCAAUGAGACAGCCACUAGAGGAAAUAGGGGAAGGCUUAACCCAUUCAUAAACAUAGCAGUUUCUCUGAAACUGCUAUGUUUAUGAAAAACUGGGUUAACCCUAGCUGGACCUGGCACCCAGAGCACUUCAUUAAGCUGAAGUGGUCUGGGUGCCUAGAGUGGUCCUUUAAUAUUAUGAGAGGGGGGAUUUAACUAUAAAUAGGUCAAUUACAAGAAAACUUAUAGGAACGAUAGGUUGAAGAGGACCCUGCUCAAACGAGCUUACAGUCUAUAAGAGGUGGGGUGUAAAACACAAUAGGACAGGACAGUUCAUGGCACUCUGGCCACUAUCUAGGCGACCUCCUAAGGGUGCCUUUGCUAGUUUGUCUUUGUUGUUUGGUAUUGAAUUGACCACCUAUUAUAUGUGAUCAGUUAGAGGCAAAGUGAGAUAUGAUAUUCUAUUUCCUGGUUUACUGUGGAAUGUAUGUAUGUUUCCUUCUACUGUAGAAGGAAUUUAUUAAAGAAGGAAGACCUUCAUAGCUUUUUAUCUAAAAAUGGAAUGUUUAUUUUAAAGUUGUGUUUUUUUUUUUAUGAAAAGUGCAGUGAUCAGGAAGGAGACAAUUAAAAUUGACAUUGUUCAUUUAAUGCCUGGAACAGAUUGUGUUCCAUGGAAAAUUGUCAGCAACUAUUGCAAAUAUUUGAUGAUCAAUGUAUUGUAAUGAGUGAGACUGUAUGAAAGGCAUAGUUGUUUAUAAUUUGACUUCGUAACAAGUAAUUUAAGCAGCCAUUUCUGCCAUCCGUCUACUGUUUCAUAAAGUGGUAGUAUUGUAUCCUCUAUGCAUCCCUCAUGUGCUGAUAUUACUCUCACACAAACCAGCAUUUCUUGGUGCUGUUUAGUGUUUUAAACCUUUUGGAUAUGACCUGUAGUUAUGUGUUUUAUAAUGUGCGCACUGUAUGAAGUUAUACAUUUAAUCCAAAAGGGCACGUCCGCAUCUAUCACAGCAGGAGACUUCUGUAGAAGGCAAAAUAAAGUGCAACACCUAAAGGUGCCCCCUGCCCCUCUCCAAUACUGAUAGAUAAUCCAUUAUCAUCAAAAAUGACUAUUUGUGCAUGUGGCCCUCUUCAUUGUUCGACUCUGGAAAUCCUAAUUGUGGACAACCCAGCCCAGGGCAAAUUGUAUCUGCAAUAUAUAAUUUGCAGGUCUAUAGCAUCUGGAGAUCUACUGUUUUCCUGUCUCGCCAGUUCUGGAAUUUGAAAUUGAUGUAUAUGCAGCAGUGUGUUAUGGCUGAGUUCAGGUUCUAAAAUUCAGACUGAAAUAUUUUAAUUCUAAAAAUUCAUGGUACACAUUUAGUGGAUCUGUAUUGUACAUUUGGAAUUUACAGUGAACGUAUUAUUCUCCCUGACACCUUUAUCUUGUCAUGCAGACAUCAGCUUGAGAUCCCAGGUCACUAUACUCCCCUGGAGGCCUUCUAUGAAGACAAGAAGGGGGUCCUGCCAGUGGGUGUCAGUGCCCAAAACUGCCAACCUACCAUACACUGGCUGCCUUCUCUACACAGACAUCUGUAUCCAGAAAUGAAGGUAAUGGCACCUGCAGAGAAUUGAUGUAAUUCUAUAUUAAACUGCUCUUCACUCCUUCUAUUCAGUACACACUAUGCAUUAAGCAGGUUUCUCUCAUUUACCAUGAUUUAGAUAACACACCCAGCUGGAUGCAUGUCACAGUUCAUUAAGUUCUUUGGGGAGCAGAUAUUUGUGCUGUGGAAGUUUGCACUGCUGCGAAAACGUAUCUUGAUAUUCUCACCUCCACCUGUUGGCGUGGUCUGCUACAGAGGUAAAUGGGGAAAUUGGCUUAAAGUUUGGGGAUUUGUUUUACUAAAUGACUACAGCAAACAAUAAUUGUAUAGAACUGUCAUGUUUACGUUUUUUUUUUUUCUCAUGCAUACCCUUUCUACAGAGCAGUACAUUGGAUAAAAUUACUAGUCGCUGGUGACGAGAGAACUUGCAUCAACAUACAAGGAAUCUGCUCAAAUGUGCAACCUUAUUUCACUUUGUCACCAAUUUCUAUGCAGGGUUAUUCUCUACAGAGGGAAUUAUUGGGACCUCCAAAUGAAUUGCAAAUGUUAUGCCAAAAUAAACAAAUUGGAAAAAUUCUCCACUAGAAAGUAUUUCCCAAAAUUAGAAAUUCACUAUGAAUGCCCUACCUUUCUCAUUUUAGUAAAUAAACCUGAUAUGAAGUUUAGGGUGUUUAAUUUUGUGAUUUUGCAGUAAAGUUCUUGGAUAUGUAGUUUAAUCACUUGUAAAAAGACAUUUAACAUAGAGUAAUCUCUACAAAUAUUCAUAAAUACUUUAGGAGAAUGCAGAAAUCAAAUGACCAAAUGUUAUCACUGUCAAUUGCCAAUGGCUCUAAGGUCUUUAUUUUAUUCACAUGGUCAUUAGUUUAAAUUUUUCUUACCCUUUUUGCCUAUUUUCGCUCGAACGUCAGUUAUGAUUGAUUUGUUUAGCCAAUUAUUAUUUUUUUUAAACCAUGUAAGCUAAACGAUUUCUUUGGCCAGUAAACGCCACAUCUUACUUGCCUUCCUUGGCAAAAAAAAAUAAUAUAUAUAUAUUUUGAGUGCAGCGGAUAGGCUAUUGUAAAGUAAUUACAUUCAGAACUCUUGUUUUACUUAAUUAAAAAUGCAAUAUUGCCUUACCUCCCAAAAAAACCAUAAGCGGACAUUUUUCAUUAUAUAUUACGUCAUAAGUAUGUUAUGGGUUUCACUAAUUAACUCUUAAUUAUCUUCCCACUUAGUUUGGUUUUUAUUUUUCAUUCAUUGGGUUUCCUGCAUAUUUAAUUGGUUAUACAAAAAAGAUCUAAUGAGGGCGCUAGACACUUGAAAAACAGUCUGGUCUCAUAAUAGGACUGGCUUAUACUGUUGUUUGUUAUUUUUUAACAUUUUAUAUUUGCAAGUUUUGCAUAAUAAAAUGUAUAUGCUUUUACUACACUGUUUUUCUAGUGUCUAGCGCCCUCAUUAGAUGGGUUUAUACCCAUCUUUUUUGUAUAUUUGGAUUUGUGGUCUAUUGGAGUGUGCCUGAAGAGUGGCAGCUUUUCCAUAUGUAGAACCCUGAAUCUGGAUCUAAUCUUGUUUUGUAUUUUAUUUAAUUGGUUGCUUAUAAUUCCCUCUCUUCAUCUUUAUUUUGGUUUAAUUGCCGGAUGGCUCAUUGAAUGCCCCUUGCUGUCGCAGUAUAUUGUUGCUGCUGCCUAGCUAACGUCACACUGCCUGGCAUUGGGAUGACUGCCCCUGAAUCCAAGCCAUUCUUCUAUGUAAACGUGGCUGACAUAGACACCCUGGAUGAUGAAAUUUCUUACGUGGCCUGUGAGUAUACAAUUAAGCAAAUUACAAAGUGUGGAAGUUGUGUGUCCCUGUCUCUAAAGUGAUGCGUUAGACGUGAGAAAGGGAGGAUCUCCUAAAAGCUUGUUCCAAAUAUAUUAACACACUCAACCAAUUAUGCAUAAAUUUUAAGGGUACUGCUGAGGACAAUUAAUACAACUUUCAGAAUCUGGCGUACUCACUAAACAUCAGCAGAGCUCACAAAAUGUAAUAUUUUCUUUGUUUUGUGGUGGGUUUUUUUUUGUUUUAUUUUAAAACACUUUCCUUAAAGUAAUGGGGGUUUAUUUACAGUAUAUGAUCAUACAUUGCAAAAGCCUGUCAUUGGGCCAGGGUACCCCUUUUUUUUUUGGCAGGUACGAUUCUAACAACCUGAUGCUGCACUUAUGAGAUUAACUAAUUUACCAGGGAAAUGCAUCCUCCUGGGACUUUCUGCAGUGCAAGGGUAAAACAGAAAAUUGUUACAAUACUUACCGUAAUUUUCUUUUCUUGGCCAAUAUCCAUGUCAGCAUCACCUGUGGGUUAGCUCCUCCCUCUCAGCUGAUAGGACAGGAAUCUAAAUUUUAUAUGAUACUGUAUAAGGAAUCCACCUCCCCUGAAUAAGCAGUCUCAUUACCAAGUCAGUCCAGAAAAAAGGGAGGGUUUGUUGAUGCUGACAUGGAUAUUGGCCAGGAAAAGAAAAUUACGGUAAGUAUUGUAACAAUUUUCUAUUAUCCUGGCCAAUCAGUGUCAGCAUCACCUGUGUGACUUCCCAAGCGAAAGUAAAGGGUGGGUGAUAAUAAAAACAAUUGUACCAUAUCAAUGCUAUACCAAAUUUAAAGGGACACUAUAGUCACCAGUGCAACUACAUGUAUUCCUGACCCUAUAGUGGUAACACCACUAUCUAGCCCCCCUGGGCCCCUCAUGCCUCCAUAAAUAUAGCCAAAAUCUUACUAUAUUCAAGCCAGAAGCUGUAACUCUGCAUGCUGUUUGCCUAAAAAGAAAAAAGUCUGCUGACAUCAUUAGAAGUUGUAGCCUGAUCCAGUCACAGUGUUUCCCCAUAGGAUUGGCUGAGACUGACAAGGAGGCAGAUCAGGGGCAGAGCCAGCAUGAUUCAAACACAGCCCUGGCCAAUCAGCAUCUCCUCAUAGAGAUGAAUUGAAUCAAUUAAUCUCUAUGAGGAAAGUUCAGUGUCUGCAUGCAGUGGGAGGAGAUACGGAAUCACAGGAUGCUCGUGCACAGCAGAUUUGAGUGGAUGGAGGCAUAUUAUGCCUCCAUCAACUCCUAAGUCCCUCUGGUUCACUGUGAGUGACUGCAACUGGAGCUUUCAAUGUAAACACUGUAUUUUCUCAGAAAAUAUAGUGUUUACAUGAGAGGCUGCAGGGAGCUAUAGUUCUCACCUGAACAACCUCAUUAAGCUGAAGUGGUUCAGGUGACUAUAGUGUCCCUUUAAUCAAACAUUAGUUGUGGAAGUAGGACAUUUCUCCCAAAUGAGGAGGCACAGGAGCCUGAAACGUCUAGGCGAUAGUGCCUCACAAAAGUGUUGAAAGAUGGCCAGUUUACAGCCCUACAAACUUCUUCUGUAGAAGUAUCCGCCAAUGAGACUAAGACAGCCCUAUGUCCAGAGAGCCUUAACACCUUCCGGCACUGUUUUGUCAGUGACCCUGAAUCGCAGAAGUAAUCGAUCUCCUAAUAGUAGAAACAGAGGCAGAUAUACAUUUAUGGUAACCAAAAAGGUACAAUGAUAGUCUAUUUGACUUACUAAAUUCUUUAGUACGAUCAAGGUAAAUGCGCAAAGACCUAACCCCAUCCAAAGUAUGCCAAAGGGAUUCUUCUUCAGAAGAAGGGCUUUCCAAGAAAGAAGGUAGGAUAAUCUCCUGGUUCAGGUGAAAUUAGAAAGGGAACCUUUUGAAUGCAUAUCGGAACCAACCUUAGAAGUAAAAGGAUGAUCAGAAGAAUGAGCUUGUGAUUCCGAAGCUCUUCUGGCUGAGGUGAUGGCAACAAGGAAAACACAUUUCAGUGUUAAGACCCCUAAAGAUGAAGAAUCCAUAAAUUUAAAGGGUGUGCCUGUCAGACUAUGCAAAACUGUAGGCAAGUCCCAUAUUGGGAUGAACUUUUUAAACAGAUGGUCUAAUUAUCAUUGCUCCUUUUAAAAACCUUUAAUUGUACUUUAAGAGAACUAAAGUUCAAACCUCCAUUCACACCAUUUUGUAAAAUAUCCAACAAAUAAGGAUGAUUAAGAGUUUCAGAAACGUUUCCAAGAUCAACAUAAGCUUUCUAGAUUUUAUUGUACACUUUUGGCGUAGUGUGGCUGCUAGCUUCGAGAAUAAUCUCCACUACAUAAUCUGAUAAGCCUCUAGUUUUCAGAAAGUUCUUCUUAAUCUCUAGGCCUUCAAACGGAGUCUUGCAGGAUCUUUGUGGAGAACUGGGCCCUGUGAUAAUAGGUUACUCUUGAUUGGCAGUUCCCAAGAAACUCCUUGUGACAGACUUAACAGCAGUGGAAACCAAGGCCUCCUUGGCCAAUAAGGAAUAAUUGCCAUCACCUCUACAUUUUUCCUUCCAGGUCUUUUUGAAAGUUAUCUGGAUUAAUGGAAGGAGAGGGAAUACAUAUCCCAGUCAAAAUUUCCAUCUCUGUGUUAAGGUAUCUUGACCUUUGCUCUUGGGUCAAAGCUUAUGGAAUAGAGAAAAGGGGGAACUUGUUUGUUUCUAUAGUUCACCAUCAGAUCUAUAUCCGGUGUUCUCCAAAGAGCGCAGUCUACUUGGACGUACAUAGUGUCGGCGACAUCAUUCAGUUGUCUUGGAAGAUGUAUUGAGCUCCCCAACUUUAUCCGCUGGCAUCUGUUGUCACUAAUUCCGACUCUGAGUCCCCUAGCGGGAAGCCUCUCCUGAUAUUAACUACUGAAGAGACAUUCUUACUUCUUCUGCGAUCCAGAGCUUUUGUUUCCAUUCUUGAUUGAGCUGCUCGAAUAAUUUUUUCUGUGUUAUUCUCAGGUUCCAGUGUGCCCACCUCACUAAAGUUGAGGUUGAUAUUUGUUGGAGGUUUAUAAUACAGCUGAAAGUCCUGAAUGACUAUCUCUGUAUCUCUUAUCAGUCUUACUUUUGAUUUGUUCACAAUCAGUAUAUCUUCCAGAUAAUGGAAUAUUCUGAUUCCUUAUUCCCAUAGGAGACCAUUUAGGCUGAUCAGGAUCUUUGUGAAUGUACUGGGUGCGACACUUAGACCAAACAGAGUUUUAAAUGACUGUCAAAAAUCUUAAACCUUAGAUACUGUCUGUGCACAAGUGGUACAGGGAUGUGAUAGUAUGCGUUUUGAAGAUCUAUGGAGGUUAACCAUUCUGUAGGAUAUAUAUUUGAGGAAUCAUAGUCUGAAGACUCAACAUCUUGAAAGUUUUUCUUUAAUAGCGAGUUUACCUUUUCCAGAUCAUAAUUCAUUCUCUAUUUUAGAAAGAGUAUGCAGAAGAGUAAAUUCCUUGAAAUCUUUCUUUGUAAGGAAUAUAAGAAAUCACUUUCUGUUGAAGGUGCUUUUCUAGGCAUUCUUGGAUAGGUUUUUCCUUUCCUCUAUAACUCACAGAACUGAAAGAUCUGUUAUGUGCAAGGACCAGAUUCGAUUAAAUUUUGCAAGGCGGGCUCCUACCUUGAAUAUCUGUUUCCUGCCAAACAAACGAUUUUCCUCUUCCUGUUUUGGGUUUUGGAGGAUUGACUCUGUUGUUCCAGUAUGUAACCAGAAAAAGUUCAUUCAGAUUACUGGUUUCCAAGUACGUCCAGGGGUUUUUACUAUUACCCAAUUUAAUGGUACUCAUUACAUCUACCUCUGAGGAAUGAAGAGCUGAGUCAACACUGCCAGGAUCUGAACUGCAACCCUCAAGGGGAAGGGGGAGGAAUAGAUUCUACUGAUGAUGUAUUAGCCAGCUGAGCUAUCUCAUCAGCCUCUAGCUGAAAAGAGACUUGCGUCCAUCAAGUUCAGUCUCUCUCACAUAUGUUUUUUCUGUUGAUCUAAAGAAAGGCAAAAAAAAACCCCAUCUGAAGCGCUUCCUAUUUUGCAACAAACUAGGAACAAAUUCACUCUGGACUUCAAAAUGGAAGUCGGAUAUCUCCUUGGAACAUGGCACCCUAGAAUAUUCUCUCCCAGGCUAUAAGAUCUGGAGUCUCCAAAAGGAAUGUUGUUCCCAGCGGACCUCUCCAAAACCUAUACACUAAACUAUACCCCCUUAAUCGAACAAGCACAGGCAGAUCUACAAAGAUGGAACCCUAUGCUGGCUCGGCAGAAUCGCCUCGAUUAAAAAUGAACCUCCUACCCAAAUUUCUCUACCUGUUCCAGGCCCUGCCCACCCUCAUCUCCAGACAAGACUUCUAGGCACUCCAAACAAAAAUAGAUUAAUUUGGGCAGACAAAAAGCCAAGAAUCAAGAGGACUACUAUGUACAAAACCAUCAAAACCGGAGGUCUAGGCCUCCCCAACCUCCUCCACUAUUACCAAGCGGCUCAACUGGCCCAGGUACAACACCUCCACUCUCCACCAGGGGUAAAAUUUGAGUUGAUCUAGAACACGAUCUCCUGGGCAGAGACCACCCCUCACUCCUCUUCUGGCUUCCCAAACGAGAUAGACCAGACCUUCCACCGACAACACCAGCCCUGACCACCUCCCUACAUGCUUGGGACACGACCACUGCACGUCACCCCAUUAUAAACUCCCCAUCACCACUCACCCCAAUUCUGAGAAAUAAACGCUUUCCCCCCGACAUGAUACCUCGAGACUUUGCACAUUAUGAGGACAACGGACUGACCAGAUAUAGGGACUUUUUCCACAACCAGCAAAUCAUACCAUUCCAAGAACUCCCAAACACCGUACCACUAAACACCUUCGAUCACUUCCGCUACUUACAACUGCGCAGCUUCCUAAAUGAACCACAGAACAUAAUGACAGCCACCACAAAACUCACACAAUUUGAGAGAACCUGCCUACAUACCCCUACACACAAGGGACAGAUCUCCACAAUCUACUCCCAAUUAAACUCCAACUCCCCAUCCAAUACACUUAACUACACAAAGGCAUGGGAAAGAGACAUAGGCCCACCAAGUGACCCAUCAGACUGGGUAGAUAUAUGGGAAGCCACUGCCUCGCUCACUAUAUGCGUAAACCACAAGGAAUAAGCAUAUAAAACGAUGCUCAGAUGGUACUUGACACCCUUGAGACUAAGACGAAUGAGGAUAGCCCCCACAAACACCUGCUGGAAAAAAUGCGGACAUCAAGGAACCUACAUUCACAUGUGGUGGCAAUGUCCACAAAGCUCACAACUCUGGACCUAGGUCGCCGACCUCUCAUCUAGAAUAUUGCACGAAGACAUACCCAUGGAUAUGGCUACUCUCUAAGCCCCACUCUAACCUACCGAGAGCACAGAACAAGUUGGUGACGAAGCUAGCUCUAGCCACAAGACGCACUAUAGUAGAACAGUGGGGAAACCACAACACACCUACAUUAGCGAUAAUGAUCCAAAAAAACAACGAAGCCAUGGAAAUGGACAAACUCUCAGCCAUCCUACAUGACACAACAAAACACUUCCACAAAAUCUGGGACCCCUGGAUCACAAGGCACCUAGUAGGGGUGUAGGGGAAGAGCUGGGGCGUGCGGCCGCACCGGAUACCCCCCCACCCUCACCCCAUCACACUGCCCCUCUCACCACCCACUACCCUUCCCCUAUCCCCCCUCAGGUUACCCACCACAAUUCCCAGAACCACUAUGCACGCACGCGAGACCACGCUGAACCCACUACGGCAGGGACCCCACAAGCCACCCAUGACCACCCAUUAAAAGACAGGACCACCUCCGCAAACAACACACAAGCACAACCACGACACACACACCAUCGAACAAAACCACCGCUAUACUCUACAACAAGCAACAACAUAGACACAGAGGACCGCAGGGGCAACCUUCCCUAAACGAAAACUACACAAAGCCCACAGACCAUCCCUCAUGACAACACACAUGACCAAGGAGGGUACCCUUUCCCUCAUGGAAAAGACAAACCUCAGUACGCCACCCAAAUGGGAAUCGGGUACGCAACGACCGAAACCCACUGGGAGAGAUACAAGAAACAAAUGUCAUAUGGUUCGAACCACUACUCUCUCUAAUAUCACCACAAAGGUUCAGCGCUGCUAUAUGCCGUUUGAAAAUCUGUUACCCCCCCACCCCUUCUGUACCCCACCGACACAAAUGGUAUACAUGAUAAAAUUGUAUAACUAGCACUACACAUUUCUGUAUUGAAGACAAAAAUGUACCAUAAACCACGCUACCCAAACUUAUUUCUUCUGUACCCCUUCCCCCAGAAAAUCUUUAAAAUAAAGAAUUUAUAAAAAAAAAAAAAGGAAUGUUGUUCUUUGUAUUCUCUGCUCCACCCGUUAGGAUAUUGCUUUAUUCUUCUGUCCUGUGGCAGGAGAACUUUUUUCCUCUUUAGUCACCUUAGGUAGCAUCGUCUAAGGGUUUUCCAAAUAGAAGGUUUCCAUGAAAGGAAGGAAGUAAGUAUAGGUUAAUUUUAAUGAAUUAUCUGCCCCCAUUGCUUUCAACCAAAGGGCCCUCUUGGCUGAACCUGAAUGGCCCAUAUCUUUGGAUAUAAGCUUGGUAAGGACUACCAAUGCUUCUGUGAUGAAAUCUUAAGUGAAUUUUAAAUCCUUUUAAAUUUUCAGUAAUGUAUCUCUGUUAGUGCCUUUAGAGAUGUCUUUACUAAGCGUAUCGGUCCAGACACUUAGAGCCCUUGGCAACAAUGUUAAGUCCACUGCAGGAUGCAUUGCUGCUCCUAAAGAGUAAGUCUUGACCAGGUUAGCAUCCAAUCGGUUUUUCAUUGGUUUCCUCAAAGAUGCUGCACGGUCUAUUGGUAAAACCGUUGUUUUUGCCACUUUGAUUAUAGCCGCAUCCACUCUGUGUUGUGUUUUUAAAAUAGUAGAAUCAAUGGCACCCAAGAAAAGGAUUUGAAUUCAUGAUUUUCUUUUUUGAGGGAGAGUAUCAGGAUUUGAACUUGAGACCAAUUGAUCUGCAGUCACAUUCUAUACCCCCGAUUUUCCAGAAUUAUGUGCCUGAUAAUUGUAAUGGGAAUAUGUCGACUUUCCCUUGAGUUGAAAAACGUUUCCCCCCCAAAAUUUUUUUAUCCCCAUUCUGAUUCUAUCAGAUGUUUAAUGAUGGAGUAGAAAGGGAAAUAAUUAUUCUCCUGUGCAGGUCCUCAAAGUAUAUAUCGGAGUCCUUAGCUUCUCCACAAUUCUCUGGGAUUCUUAGAGUGUCACUAAUUAGAUAAAUUAGUGAAUCAGCCACUUAACUGUCUAGGUUAGAAGUGUAAUCCAUGCUCUCUUCAUCCUCUGAGUUAGAGCCAUCUGGGAUAUGAACCUCUGACAUAGAUCUUGAGGAAUCUUCUCUUGCUCUUUUAGUUUUUUAGAGGAAUGACCCUUGCAAGUCGCCUCUUUAAUCCCCAUAUUCUUAGAAAUUACCUCAGCCAGAUUUGGGUUAAUGGUUUCUGCAGAUACAAAUACUCCUUCAUCUGCUAUGAUUAAAAGCAGUGUCUUCAUACAUUUUCCCCUUCAAUUACAUCAGAUGGGCAGGUAUGAUAUUUCCUGGAUUUUCUGUUAUACUUGGAACGUUAUCUCUCAUGCUGUAUCAGGCUGCAAUAUAUAUACACAUAUAUGUAUCAGUAGGAUUGUGUGUGUGUGUAUGUAUGUAUGUGUAUAUAUGUAUAUGUAUAUAUAUAUGUAUAUACACACACUCACCACACCUCCCCCCCCCCCUUUUUUAUUUUUUAUAAUAUAGAUAAAAAGCUCACCUUAUACUUCUAUAUCUCAUUCUAGAGGGGGAGGAAGAGGAAGCCAGGGUCACCAAAAGGCUGCUAAACAAUUGAACGAAUUACAAACGUAUACCAGCAAAAUAAAAUAUUUUCAAAACAUUUCAUAUCGGAUUAUAGUAAACCCCUUAGCUUUAUUAAUAAUAUUUGGGAUAGUUAAAACCAUCAGUGGCAUUUUGUACCAGGAGUGGGGUCUGAACCCACGUGGACAUUUGUCCAUUGGAACAUGUACCAGGAGUGGGGUCUGAACCCAUGUGGGCACAACACAUUUUAAGGAGAUCAAUAAUAUUAGAGAUGGUUAAAACCAUCCGUGGCAUUUGAGGACACCAUUGCUAAAGAUCAGGGUUAAAACCAACAUUAGCAGCUGCAAAUUCACCAAACAAACCAUCCAGAAGGGAUAACUGCCUUUUAAAAAAACAAAAACAAAAAAAAACCGACCUGCAUCACCUGCUGGCCAAGAGCCGAUCAUUAAGGCCAUGUUGCAAUCCAUGCUGGCGGAUCUGCGCUCCAAUAUAGCAGCCAAAUUCUCAAAAUUUAAUUCAACAGUAGACUGGGCACUCAACCGACUUACGCUCCUAGAGGCCACCUCCAGCAAACAUGACUCCAGGCUAACCACCAUGGAGCAGAGGCUGGAAGAGAUUCACUUGACCCAGAGAGGCAUGCAGGCCAGGGUUGAUACCCAAGAAGACCAGAGGCAACGGUACAAUCUCAAGCUGAGGGGCAUCCCUGACACAGCACUGCGGCUCCUUUCAACCCUGUUACCAUCUAAACCGGCAAAGGUACUAAAAUUGGACGGCAUGUUUAGGUUACCAAAACCAAAAAAUGCCCCUACUACUGCCAUGGCGGACCUUUUUCUCCGCUUUCAAACAAUGCAAGACAAAGCCUUAAUCUUAUCGACGGUGAGAGGGAAAAGCCCAUUACAAUUUGAAAGCUCCUCACUACUUCUGUUCCCUGACCUAACCAAAAAGACAUUACUCUGGCGUAGGUCCAUGAAACGCCUGCUACAAAUCCUUAGAUCCCAGGAAGUGACAUACCGCUGGGGUACCCCCAGACUUCUCAUACUCGCCCACCAGGGAGGCACCUACAGAGCUAAGAACCCACAAGAACUAGAGGACAGCAUGCGCAGCUUGAAGCUGCUACCUGAACAGGACGCCUCAACCUCUCAUCUUUCACACCUCGGUCAACCCCUGGACGCCUGUCUGCAACACCGGUAACCUGACUGACCUGAUCCACAAAGUCUACCUGCAGGAGGUAUCUUAAACAACAAACCAGAAGGACUAUAUAAGACCGCACGAUCUUGCCUAAAAGUUACCUGUCAACAGUUCCAUAGUUUUUGUACUUUUAUUUUUGUUGGCUUUUCUUUUUAUCUGUUGCUGUGCUCCCACUUUGCUCCUACACUCUGCAACACUGCAGUUUAACUCAGUGGGGUGGUGACAUACCCCGACCUGGACGCUAUCCUGAUAUACUCACUCAGAGGGUGCAUAACACUUGAGAAGACCCCACCUCCCCAAUCUCUAUAGUACGAUACACAUGUGCUCUAGUUAUAAUAUGGGAGGGGUCCUACACUUUUUGGACUCUACCUGUUAGGCCCCCACACCUAGAAAUAAAAAAAAUCCUCUCUCCACACUCACACACACUGUCUGAAUGUCAUGCUUGUUUUGCAUCGCUGUAAACCUGCUAUCUGUUGCAUACUCCCUAGUGGAGUGAGGCAAAAAAAUAAAGAAUUUAAAAAAAAUAAAAUUGUAGAAUUUAGUCCAGCAAAGUCCAAUCUUCAAUUACUAUGAACUACCAUAUUAAUCCUAACCCAGGGAGCCCCAAACUGCUUGGGCUGUAUCUGGGUUCUUCCUUGGGGGGAGAGGCUGGACUCACCUUGAAUGCCAUAAUGAAAUACUAAUGGCAGGUGAACUUUAAAAUAAAACUGCUGUGCUGCCUAACAGCUGAAGGCAGGAAAAAAGACUGCUUAUUCUGGGGAGGUGGAUUCCUUAUAUACAAUCAUUUAAAAUGUAGAUUCCUGUCCUAUCAGCUGAGAGGCAGGAGCUGACCCAUAGGGAUGCUGACAUGGAUUGGCCAGUAAAUAGGGCCUUGCAAUGAGUCUCUGUGACAGGGAGCGGUGCAAGACCAAGGCAAUUGGCCUGGACUCACUAAUUUGCAUGCAUAUGAAACCAAAAAGGCUGCAUUAAACUGACCAUACGCGCAUUAUUUGGGUGCUACUGGGGACAAAUAUAGUGCUCCCCUCUUUAUUCUAAAAAUAUUAUAUGCCAUAAAUUUGUCUUCAUAGUUAAUUGGGUGGGUGGGUGUUUUUUUUUUAUUUUAUUUUUUUUUAUUUUUUAUUUUUUUUAGGGUUGGUUGCAGUUGUCCACAUCUACAUGUUGUUUUCUUUUUCCAGGUACAACGGAGAAGAUAUUUGAACACAAGCAAGAUCUGUAUGAUGUGUAUGUAGACAACCAAAAUGUGAAGACUCACUUGGAGCACCUGCAGCCCCUUCUGAAAGUUAAUAGUGCAGACAAAGAAAAGUACCGGCGGUUAAAUGACCAAAGGUGACAGUACACAUCUUUGUAAUUGCGAUGUCAGCUGCAGUAUUCUUGCAUUUAAAUAGCAUUACUUAAGUAACCGCAAUGUUUAAAAAUGGCACUGUAAGAGGUAAAUAAACUCUGCUAUGAUGGAAAGUAUUAAACAAAACGAAAAAACACGAUCUGAAAUAUUAGCAUAUAUGGAGAAAUAUUAUCGUCGUAUCAUACACUAAGAGUGACCAUUAUAACAGUACAAUGCAGUUCUAACAUUUGUUCUUCAAACUUCCUUUGCUUGUGGGGGAAGUGGCAAGGGUUCCCAUUUCCAAUGUUUCAGCCAAAAUGCUGAGAGACAGGAUAGAUCCCUGGUAAAUUUGUGUAAAAGAAUUAAGCAGAGAAAAAAGGCAAGUGUAAAACAACAGAGUGUAUUGCCUUUCAUUAAUCUUAUUUGCCUAAAAAAAAAAAAAAAUAUAUAUAUAUAUAUAUAUAUAUAUAUAUUAUUUUUUUUUUAUUAUUGUUGAUAUAUAAAGCACGCAAUUGUUCUUCCCUGUUUGAAAUAUAUCCUUUUGUUUGCUUUUAUGUUGAAAAGUCUAUUUUUUCAUAUCAGCAAACCUUUUGCCUUCUGUUCUGCUAAUAAGAGUGAAUCAGUCCAGGCAAUGUGGUGGCAUACCUAGAAUUCCUAGGAAUAUCUUGGUUGGUCGUUUGACUUUUUUUUUUUAAUUGGCAUCAUUUUGAACCACUCUCUCUUUGAUUAUCACUUCUCUAUGUCUUCUGUACAGAAAACAAUGGUUUAGACAAAAUAGCAGAACUGGACAGGCAACCUUCAGUACUACCUUGAUGAAAAUACUUAGUGCUUCUGUCCACAAUAGCUGUACUGCUGGAGGUUGCCUGCCUGUGCUGUUUUGUCAUACCACCUGUCUCUUUGGCAGUCAUGCUACCAGGCAUAGAGGAAAGAAUGAACAACAUUGUGGACUGUAGUGGUGUUUUUGGUAACUUGGGUUUCUAAUAUGUUCUUCUGGUCCCUGUGCAGGCAGCUGUUCAUGUACACACAAGAAGUGGAUGGCGAUUGUGGUUCCUGUGAGGAGGACCUUUUCAUCCUGUGAGUGUCAAAUGCCACUUUUCUUAAAUCCCUUUGUUUUAAACACAAUAAUUUAUGUACCCCUAUCAGAGAUUGUUAAACCUAUGACAUUUUGAAAGUUUAUUUACAUUUUUUUUUUUUUAAAACAAAAGUUGACCUUUCCCCUUUAAAUAUCAACCUUUUCCCAAAUGUGAAUAACUGUUUUAUUUCUGAUUCCUAGCUUUUUCAUGGAACAGAACAACAGAAUUUUCCAAAUAUUGCUUGAGGUGGCUUCCAGCCAAGACAAGACUUUGACAGCUGAGCAUGCUCGCAGCAUGGGCCUCGAUCCACAAGGCGACAGAAGCUUCCUACUGGACUUGUUGGAAGUGUAUGGCUUUGAUGUCAUGCUGGUCAUUGACAACCCCUGCUGCCCGUGACUCUCACCCUGGGACCGCUGAGAUUUUAUUUUCUCUUGUAAUUCACCUGUGGAUAUGACCCCUACUUGCAGCUAUCUUACUUUACUGGUUGAGCUACUUGUGGGAAGCCCUGAACUUGCCUUGAUAUCUGUCUCUCAUAAGACGUGCAAUAAUAUCAUACCUUUAAAAUUACAGGGAAAAAACAAAUUCAACCGCUAAUGUACUUUGUCAAGAGUUUAUAAUAUUGAUCAGGGCCGUAAUCUGAUCUUGCUCUCUGUAUUUUUUUUUUUUUUUUAUUUAAUUUUGAAAAACUCAGUUAAAGCUCAGCAGUGGAAAACUUAAAUAUUUUUCUUUGCCAGCUAGGACCUUCUUGAUCCACUAUUAACUGUUUUCAUGGAACCAUUUGAAAAUCAAAACUUGAAACUUAUCAAUCUUUCAUCUCUAAAAUAACGUGUCCCUGGAAAAACAAAACACAUCGAUUUCCUGUGAAAAUUAAGCUUGUUUUGGUCUCUGUAUUCAAACUGGUCAACAGCAGGAAACUCUAUUACACCAAUGCUAUGCAUACAUUAGAGUAUGUGCAGUGGGAAAUUGGCUACUCACUAUAACCUGCAUUAGAUGAUCAUCAGGGCAUUUGAGUAUGUAAAUGAAAAUAUACUGUGUUUUUUUUGGCUCAGAUGUCCGGUUCCAAUUGUAAAGCAUUUUUUUUUUAAAUCACAUUUUUUUCUCCCCCCCCCCCCCUUCUCCCCCUUUCUGCAUAAAUAGAAGGCAUUCCAGUCUGCGUGCACUCCUACUUUUUAAUGUAAAUUUUAACUCUUUAUUUUAAAUAUCAGAGGCAAGAUGAUUGUCUGCUGUGAUGUUGGUGGCUUAAUGUUUUCUUCCCUUAAGUAAUGUGGUAACCUGGACCAACUGAAUACACCAAGACUACUAAAGAACAUUUUAUGUUUUCAGUGGCUCAGAUUAGGAAUGGAAGUGACAAACCCUCUCUAUUUUCCUGUUUGUCUAUAUUUGUUUACGUGUGUAACUUCUGAAGAGACACUUGGAAUAUAGAUCUGAAUUGAAGGGUAGAGUGAACUUAAUGGGAUGUUUAAACCAUGAUAAUAUGGUACUAAAAAUCCUUUUCUAUUUUAUUUAUCAUGUUAAAGAGGACCUGUGACCUAAAACAUACUUGCCAUACAUCUAAUUGUCAUAUUUUCAUCUAAUCAAUCUCUAUUAAUUAACUGUAAUUAACCACUUGAAAUCACCUCUGGUUUCUCGAAUUUUUUUAUUUAUUUUUUUUUUGUGAAUGUUGCCAAAUAAGCUUUGUAUCCACGCAUUUUAAAUCCUCAGCAUGUGAUGUGAGCAACCAUUCCAAACACUGAAAAUCAUAAAAUAAAAAAGAAACACUAUUUAAUAGAUAAUAAGUAUAUAUACACUUAAUUAAUACAUGCAGGCAUUUUUCAUGAUGACCAAGGAUGUGUGCAUAGUGAUGUUCACACCCUGGCUAGCAUUGUGCAUGGGAGGUAUGCGGCACCACAAUUCAUUUCGGGGGAGUAUCCGGCACCACUUCAGUUAGCUCCACUCUGCAAAUGGAAAGAGUAACCUCACCAGCUGUUUGUUAGACAGCCGAAAGGCAUCUCAAAAUCUACUUUUAGAAGUGCUGAUUUCUCAACGAAAUCUGCACUUUUAUAAACUGGCAUUUAAGACAUAUACAUAAGCUGAAGUGCUUUGUAUGUGUGGGGAGUGGUCCUUUUAAGCAAAUAAGCUGAUUUUUUCCCCAGCAUUCCACAGUGCAGAGAAGUAGAUAUGUGGGGACUUUGUACGUAAAUGAUGUACCAACAGCAGCUGCUGGGAGAAGAUUUAAUGCUCAGAUGAGAACAUUCAUUUGAGACAUCAUAGCAAUAAAAGUAACUCUAACUCGCACUGUUUGUUUAUGAACGUCUAUAAAACCACUCCCUAAUAAGGCAACUUCAUCCUGAAACAUACAAUAAAAUGUCAGUGCACAGGGCUUGCUUGAUUUUAUGAAUUGGGUAUCAUGGGAAAGUUAAUUUGCUUGAACUGAUGUGCCUGUGAGAUAAGACUUAAAUUAUGUAUAUGUAAUAGCUACUUUAUAUUAAUGCAUUCAAUAAUACUAUGAAAUGUGACCCUUUAUCUUUGAGUCUCUGCUUGCAACUUAUAGCAUUGGAUCAUCGUCUGGCCUUUAAUGACUAAUCUGUUUGCGACUGUCUUUUACAGGCUCUUUAUUUUUUUUUGCAUAUUCUAUUGAGCCAAUCGCUACCUAGUUGACGUGUGCUGUGGUGACUCACACAGAUGCACACAAUUUAGUGUACUUGUGACUUGAGAGGUUGGCUGAUGUUAGUAAAAGGGGUAGAGUCUCCCUAAUUAAAACUGGGACCUCUGUGACUCUCUAGAUGUUUGGAGGGACUGGAGUGAAACCAGUUGUCUACGAACGCACUACUGACAUGCAAAUGUGACAUGGUGGCACUUUGUAACCACUAUGGCCAGCAUAAUGUAUGCUCUAUAAAUGUGUAGAUGAAGUGUAACUUCUGGUUAAAUAAAAAUAUAGCUAUAGCCUUGGUCACUGUAGCAGAAACCUUGAGAUACGGCAGCUGCGUACGCUCUGCAUUGUGCGAAUGUGCAGCCCAGAUCAGAAAGCUAAAAUAAAGUAAGCAUAGCAUUUAAUCUAUAUAUUUGCUGGGGAUUUUGUAUAGAUAAAAUGCAUUUUACUUGUAAGGGGAAUGCGGUCAUCUGCACAUUAUAGUGUAUAUAGGUCUUCUUUAGCAUCAUUAUCUUCAUGCUUAAACUUACUUGCCCCAUUGUGUAAUAAUGUUAGAAAAUUAAAAUAGCCGUUCUAAUUCUGCGUUCCCAGAUGCAUGGUUAAUCUUUGCAAUUUAACUCAUUUAGCUUGUUUUGUCCUAUUUUGUAGUAUCAUUUGUAAAAUCAAAAUGUCCAUUUUUAUCUAGAAAUUGUAAUUUGCACAGGAAAGGGGGAAAGACUAUGAGAGUUCUACUUCUGCCGUCCCAUUGCUUUAGUGAACUAACAGUUGGUGAACCUACAUGACUGCUUGAACACAGGUGGUUUAAAUGAAAGCAUGUCACAUGCAUUUUGAUCUCAAUUAGUGAAGCUGUUACAUUUUGUGCAAUUGAAGGACAAUCCAACAUUACACAGAAAUAAUUUUUUUCUACAUUUGGUGUUUUUACAAUUUAGCUUUAGGACCCCCAAACACUUAAGGUAAAUGAGGAGGGGAAUCCUCCCAGCUGUCUGACAGCCAGGAGUUGUUAUCAAGGGGGAGAUAUUAAAAGUACAGAUUACAAGAGAAUAUAAGACAAAGAGCACAGCCAGAUAACUCUUAAAAGACUUCAGCAAGAUUUAGAGAACGAGAGUGUUCUUUCAAAUACAUUUGGUCUAGUUAAAGUCUGAUAUUUUUUUUUUUUUUUUGUAUUUUUUUUUUUUAAACUUUUGUAGAGCUAUAGUUCAGUGGCAUGUGGGGGGAAAAUUGUAAUAAUUCUUUAAAAAAAUAAAAAGGGUAAGGUGAACCAAAACUGAAAAUAUUAAUUGCAGCAGUAAUCCGGAUAGACUAUUAUUCAAUGCUCUUAAUUGCCUUGUGCUAUAUAGAGAUAUAUGUAGUAGGUGGUAUAGUGUAUUGAAUCAAGCACAUGAGUGCAAGGCUUAAUCCCUUUGGCUACGAGUGAUAAAUUGACAGGACUUAACUCAGGACAGACGGGCCCCAUUUUAGAAGUCAAACUGAUAACAAACGACUUAAAUUGGGGAGCUGAUAGUGGUUAUGGUGCAUUCCUUUUUUUUAUUUUUUGUUCUUUUCAUAUUGUUCUUACAUGACAAAAACACUUGAAUUAGCAGUGUGAUUAAUGUAAAAGAAAAAUACAUUUUACCUUAAAGGGACACUGUAGGCACCCAGAUCACAUUAGCGAAGUGAAGUGGUCUGGGUGCUGUGUUCCUAUUGCACUUAGAACUGCAAAGUUUCCAUUGCAGCUAAGUUUAAGUCUUAGGGAUCAACCAAUAUUGUUGUUUUUUUGUUUGUUUUUUUUUGAGCCAAUACGAUAGUCUGUGAACUUUCAGGUCGAUAGCUGACAGCUUACCAAUAUUCUGUACAUUUACCAUAUUUUUUUUAUUUAUUUUUUUAAAUAAGUGGUAAAUGAACAAAAUUAGUGGCUUCCCCCCCAUAUCCCUUAAUGUUCCUCUGCCUUGUCUUUUAGUGGUCCCCCCUACCACAGUGUCCCUUUUCCCUCCCCUGUACCUUAGUGUCUUCCCUUAAUGUUCACUAUCCCCCCCUAGUGUUCUUUCCCCCCUUCUCUGUCCCAUAGUCUUCCUUACCACCCUCCUUACAUAGUGAUUCAGUCUCCUGUACCCGGCUGGACUGACAGGAAGUGCUCUCUCAGUGAGCACUUCCUUUCAGUCCAGCCAGGUACAGUAAACAUAAGUUCCUGUACCGCAGUGCGCACUGCUGUGCUUGGCCAUGCAACACAGAGUGCAUAGCAGGUGGAUCGCUGUGCUCCCACUUCCUGCCAGUCACUUCGAUCUAGCGCCCCGCAGGCUAGUGCACCCUUAGGUGGCCACUUGUGCCGCCUUAUGGACGCGCCAGCCCACACAUUCAUUAUCUGUAUUGCCGGUGAUUAUCGCCCGAUACUUACAAAAAAUCUGAAUAUCGGCCGAUAAUAUCUGCAGAACCAAUAAUCAGUCAAUCACUACUAAGUCUGCCCUCACUGUCUACCAGACAGCCACUGGGGGCUCUUCCGGAAUGUAAAUGGACCUUUGGUCCAUUAUCUGAUGCUGGACGUCCUCACGCUCUGUAUGAAUCAUUGAAUAAUGCUUUCCUAUGGGGAGGUCCAAUGCGCGUGCGGCCAGUGCCGCACAUGCGCCUUAAGUCUCCCCCGCCGGCUGAUGUGGGAGCGCGGGCGGAGCUUGAUCCAGCGCCGAGGGACAUCAGUGCUAGAUUCAGCCCAGCGGGUGUGGGGGGAAUUUAUUAAGCCUUUAGAGUCAGGAAAUUGGCUUUGUUUUCCUGGCUCUAUGGAAUCCCUUUAAGUAUGGUAAACUAUUUUACAAAUUAAAUUUACUGGAGUCUUGCAUUUUAAUAUGGAUUUUGGGAAUCAUUUUUAGGGUUUUCCCAAUUGAUGUGACUGGUAACAUUUAAACUGUUCUGUGAAUGCAGGCCUCUGAUACAUUUGAUGUUUUGUCCUAUCCCUAUUGGUUAGUUCUGUGACAAGCAGUUCCAGGUGAUUAUGAUGGAAUCUGUGAGCACCAUUGGGUGUGUUAAAUGAAUUUAGCUGUAAAUAUAUGGAUUUGUCCUUUUCAUUUUGCUUACUUCUGCUUUGCUUUAACUUAUUUUGUUUGAUCAGCUGGUUCAUGGUAUUAUGUCCGACAAAUGUAAAAUAAUGUUGGUUAGUCUUUGCAACUUACUGUGCAUCAUAUAGGAAAAAUGAAAGCCUACAUUUUUCCUGUGCCGUAUUUAAUUUUAAGAUGCAAAAAACUGCAAUUUUGUUUCUUUUCUUUUCUUACUGUUCUAUUUAUUGAGACCUAUAUUCAAGCUGUGGUGUUCUUAAUGCAUGUCAUGUAUAGGUCAGGUUAGCAUGCAGCUAAACCACUUCGAUGUUAUUGCCAUGAAAUGAUGGUUAAAAUACCACUUUGGGCAUCAUAACGACUCCAUCUCAGUUGAUGUUUUCAGUCUAUCACUUGUCUCCCAUUGAGAAAAGUUUUAAAAGCGUAUGUAAGGAAGAGGGACCAAGAGGACAGGUGCAGUCAAGAACACUUUGGUGUUAAACCGUUCAUAAAUAGUCUCUCUGGUACCUCCUCCAUAUGUUUAUAAAGUGUUUUGUCAUUUAGAGGCCAGGUGAUCAGCUCAUGCUCUCGGCCUGUCCCCAGCAUGCCACAGAAAGGCCUCUAUAUUGAAGUCAGGGCUGAGAGGAAGGAGGAGCAUUCUGAGGUUAAACCUUGUGUAAACCUUUUAAUCCCUUAGAUGACACAUUGCCUGGGACCUCCAGACACCAUAAUGGCUUUAACUCUGUAUUGCCUGUUUAGUGUAUCACAACCAUUUUAUCUUGUAGAGGUAAAGUCAAUCAUGUGUGUCUGCACAUCCAUUUCAAUUAAAGGGUUGGUAUAAGCACCAUUAUGCCUGGACUCUUUCACGGCAUUGCUCAAUAGGACUCUUUCAUCGCGCAUGCUCAAUAGGUCUCCCCCGCCGGAUGAAGUCGGUGGAGGAGCGUGGGCUGACCCAGUGCCGAGGGACAUCACGGGAUGGGGGGUGGGAGGGAGAGGGGACCUACAGUGCCAGGAAAAUGGUUUGUUUUCCUGGCACUGGAGAGUCCCUUUAAAUCACUUUGUUUCUGUUUAUGCAGCCAUUGACAGAGCCUGCAUGAAAAAAAAAACUUGUUUCACUUUCAAUCAGAUGUGAUUUACCUUAAACAGUUGUAUCUCUUGCUCUGUAAAUUAAACUUUAAUCACAUACAGGUGAUUAAGCUCUUGAAUGGAAGAUAAUUGAGCAGUGAGGCUGCAGGGGCAUGUUCUAUACACCAAAACUGCUUCAUUAAGAUAAAGUUGUUUUGGUGACUAUGGUGUCCCUUUAAGGUGAAUUAGUUUGGCAAGCAUGGACGUCGGUCACUGCAUUGUAUGUUUCGUAAAGAGAUCCUUUAAGCGCACUGUGGUCGUGGUGUUUGGGGUCCCUUUGAACUUUAUUCUGUUUUAUUUCAGAUUACAUUACUUUUUAUAUUUCUGCAUUACAGAAUUGGGAUUUUUUUUGUUUUCUUUUCUAUUGUGCAAAACUUGUAGCAGAUUGUGAUAGAUGGUUAAAUUUUGUAAGGACUACUUUUUUAAUGAACAGUUACAUUAUCUCCUGAAAUGGAAUCUUUUUGCAAUGGCCUUGUAUAUAAAAGAAAAAUUAUGUAAAAAUAAAAUAGGUAUUAUAGCUGGCCAGUAAUAAGAUCAGUAUACAAUAUAUAUAGAUAUUUUAUUGCUGAUGGCUAUUUUUAGCACAGAGGGUAUUUCAACUACAUUAACCAUGAUGCAGUGUAGUUUAAACAUCAGUGUCUAAAUUCUCCCACCCUACCAUGCUUAUUUUAUCGAUAAAAUUAAUUGGCACAAGCUUUAUUUUUAAAUGGUGUUCAAAAACUUGCCUUUUUAUCAUGCUAUGAUUUUUAACGAUCUAAGCUUUAUCAUAAGUUGCCGGAAGUGUUCGGAGAGUAUGGAAAUCAAGUUACACAGGGUCUGAAAUAGGGUCUUAUUGAAUUUAGUAGAAAAUAGGGCCAAGUUAUUUUUUUUAUGAAUAGUAUCACACAUAUCGACACAUCGCAUGGUCUAAUAAGUAUUUUAAAAAUAUCAUUGGGGCCAUUCUACUGCCACACUUUUAAGCAAAGUUUCACAUGUUUAUACAUUUGCUCUGUACAUUUAAACAUUACCUGUUAAAUAUUACUUUAAGGGAUACUCCAGACCCCUAAAGCACUUUAACUUGUUGAAAAGCUUAGUGUAAAAAGUAUCCUUUUUUUAAUUGGAAAAAAAACAUAAAUUAGGCAUUUUGUAAAAAUUGCAGAUUUCAUUAGAAAUUCACACUUUCAUAAAUUACCUGGUUACACCCCCUGGCUUUCAAGAAGACAACAGUGGUUUGGUUAGCUCAGUGGCACUAAACUCAAGGGGCAGCAAUAACCCGGAGCACCUGCCUUGCAAAGACUUCUCAUGGAGCUGCAUUGGGAAGUCUCUGAUUGGACAGUCACAAAGUCUGGGCAGGGUGAGAAGGGGAGGACUUGCAAAGACUGCAAACAAGAGAACUGUGGGUUUUGCAAGCUGUUUAGAUUUCCACCAAUGAAAAAAAAGCAUAAUUAGAUGCAUACAAGUUUUCAUUUGGGGUAUAUUUUAUUUAUUUUGUAUUCAGGCUGUGGAGUGUCCCUUUUGGAGUUUAGAUGAAUUGUAGUUAUAAUUGUGAUACAGAUCUUUCACUUUCUGGUUGCAUGCAAAAAAGCUAGCUUGCAAUGUAGUAGUAGUAUAUCAAGUGAUUAUUAAAAUUCACUUUAGAGAAUGGCACUAUUUGGCCAAAGUAGCUUAAAGGACCACUAUAGGGCCAGGAAAAUAAACUAGUUUUCCUGACACUGUGUACUCCUUAGGUCCCUCCCACUGGGCUGAAGGGGUUAAAACACCUUCAGCCACUUACCUUUCUCCAACACUGGUGACCUCUCCUCCUGCCGACGUCCGUGCCAAAUGCGUAUGCGUGGCAAGAGCAGCGCGCGUUUUUAAAAUGCCCCAUAGGAAAGCAUUACUCAAUGCUUUCCUAUGGCCGUAAAGCGUCUUCUCACUGUGAUUUUCAGUGAGAAUCGCAGAAGUGCCUCUAGCGGCUGUCAGUGAGACAGCUACUAGAGGCUGGAUUAACACUCGGUGUAAACAUAGAGGUUACAUUGUUCCUGAAUGGUGCAAUCCAUUGCCUUUCAUGGCUCUCUGUAAUGGCAUCCGGUGUCUCAAAUUCAGAUAGAGGAAGCAAGGGCACUGCUGAUUGGCUUAGAUCAGUGGCAGUUCCUGCUUCCUCUAUCCAAAUUUCACUAACCAGUUGUUGCUGGGGACAUCCAGAAACAGGGCUGGAGUGUACUCUUGGGGGGCUAAAGGGUUUGUGAACAGUUAAACUCUUCCAGGUCAAGAAGUACCAGGAACCUCCUGGCCCCAUAACUUCAUUUUGAUGAAGUUGUGAUGAUGCCCAAAUUAGUCCUUUUAUAAAGAUUCAUGUAGAUAACAAGUGGUGGGACAUAAAAAAAGCCCGUAUAUUAACUCUCUACAACUCCUUUCCCCUAUACAAUACAUUAUCCCACACAAUACCAACAUUAACACUCGCAUAACCCCACAAAGCAUCCACAUAUAACACAUGCAGAAUUCUCCAACAUAUAUAAACAUUGCCUUAACUUGAAUAGGGCAUGCACCUGAAAGGACUUAAAUGUUGGCACAGUGCUACAAAAAGGUUGCUUACCCCACGCUAUAAGUUAAAUGUAUAUUUUGAAUAUAAAUUUGGGGAAGACAGUUUGAAUUUGUUUUGUUCAUGUUUAUUAAGUACUGUAUGAUAGGAAAUAAUGAUUUAAUGUGUGGCUGAGUGACCUUUUCAUUUUUCUAUGAAUAACUGUUAAAUAAAAGGGUUUAUGUGGUUUUGGCAAGCUAUUGCCAUUUUGAAGAAUGGAUUUAAUGUCAAACGUAUUGAAAUGUAUAACAAUGUUUUAAUGUUCAUAUAUGGCAGCUGCCUCUUUUGCUGCUAAAUGUAAAAGUUAUUAAAGUAACCAAAGUACAACAGCCUUGGAUUAAAGUAGUACAAACGCAGCUCAUACAUACUAGUACACAAAGAAUAUGAUGCUAAUCACAGCCACCCCUUAUUAUUCUAUAAUGCUAGUGGAUGAGAACCAUCAAAUGUCAACUAGCUAUUGUGAAUUCCUAAUCAGAAAAUGUAAAAAUCAAAAACCCCACAACACUUGCAUUCAUUUCCUUAGACAACCAAUUGACAAUUACAGUAUAGUAUGUUGUUGUCAUUUCCUUGCUGUCUCUUUGUGCUAUAUAGCAGCUUAAUACUACCCACAGUGUGUCACUUAAAGUGUUGGACUGCGUGCGUUCUUGUACCAUGACUACUGAGCAAUACAGGAAGCAAAUAAUAACUGUGUUUAAACAAUGAAUCAAUCUUAAACCCUUACUGUCUGAAUGUUG